AUGUUUCUCGGAGCUCCCGGCAGAAGUUGGUGGCCAUGUGUUUUAGCGUUUGUGCAGUUCGUUUUCGAAUGUGAAUCUUUUAUCGGCUUACCGUUGGCCACGAAACCGGCAAGCCUAUGGCCCGCUCUCCUUAAACUUCCUCCAUCAGCACUGAAAAGUGCACUCCCAACAACUCCGGAACAAAUCGUGCGGGGCGAAAAGUGCGACCGGGAGUGCGUCCCGGAUGGCCCACCCCUCGCCUGUCACUUUCACUGGAGGCUGGAAAACUUUGCCACCAUGGGAUCCUCGUGCUGGCUUUGCCAGAAGGGCAACCGUACGCACUGCUUCCACCGGCAGUGCGUCACCGGGAACGGCCUGGAGCGGGGAGUUUUCACCAUCAACCGGCGCAUUCCGGGCCCGGCGAUACACGUCUGCAAGCACGACACCAUCGUGGUGGACGUGGAGAACGGGUUGGAAGGGGCGGGCUCCACGAUUCACUGGCACGGGUUUCACCAGGAAGCGAGUCCGUGGAUGGACGGUGUGCCGAUGGUGACCCAGUGUCCGAUUGCCCAAUCGACCACCUUCCGCUACCGGUUCGAGGCCGUCGAGGCGGGCACGCAAUUUUAUCACUCACACUCAGGCUUCCAGAAAGCGAAUGGCCACUACGGGAUGGCCGUCGUGCGCUCGGCGGACGACCUAAACCGGGCCCAGUACGACUACGACCUGAGCGAGCAUCGGAUCAUCAUCUCCGACUGGACGCUGGACAUGGUGGAAAAGUGGGUCCCGGGCCUCCAGAACCAGUCGAUGCGCGUCGACUCCGUCCUGAUCAACGGUCGCGGGCGGUACUUUAAUGAAACGACCGGCACAAGAAUGGAGGCACCGUUGACGGUGUACCGGGUGGAGUACGGGAAGCGGUACCGCUUCCGGUUGAUCAGCAGCGGCAGCCAGUACUGUCCAUUUCAGACGCAGAUCCAGAACCACAGCAUGUUAAUCAUCUCGACUGACGGAGGCGCGGUGCAGCCGAAGCACACGGUGGACACGCUAGUCGCCAUAUCGGGCGAGCGGUACGAUUUCGUCCUGACGGCCAAUCAAACACCCGGUAAUUACUGGGUUCGCGUGCGUGGCAUCGGUUUCUGCAAUUCGAUGCGGGUGGAAGACUUUGCCAUCCUGUCGUACAUCACGGGCGACGAAGGCAUGGACCCGGGGCUGACGGUGGAGCAGACGCUAGCCUUUCCGAAGCAACCGGUCCCGGCGUACGACGAGCCGUACCCGCUCGGGAUCGUGUUGAACCACCAGACGGCACCAUGUUACACCCCGGGCGAUGAAUUCAUCUGCGCCGCCGAUCUGGAGUCGUACGAGCAGUACCGGGACGACGAGCUUAUCGAUGCACCCGCGGAUCGGACCUUCUACCUGGGCUUUCACGUGAUCCGGGCGAACAAUAGUGUGCUUUUCGCCGAACGCGGGUCCGCGCAUUUUGCAACCGUGAAGGACGAUUUCAACACGAUCGGUGCAACGAACAUGAUCAGCUUCGAGCCACCCAGCUUCCCCCUGCUGGUGCAGCCCGAGCUAAUACUGGACGAGGACACGAUGUUCUGCAACGUCAGCCACAAGCCGGCCUAUUGCGACGACGACCACCUAUGUUUCUGCACCCAUCGCAUGAAAGUGCAGCAUAACGACGUUAUCGACAUAGUGCUGUACGAUACCGCCAAAGUAAGGCAAGAGUUCUACCAUCCGUUCCAUCUGCACGGCCAUCGAUUCAUCGUGACCGAUACUGGCCGGUUUCCGGGCAACAUCACCACGGGCCAGAUCCCGUACCUGCGGAACCUACGCACCGUCCGGCGACCGAACGCCCUCUCGCCGCCCUACAAGGACACCCAAUCCAUCCCGAACCGUGGCUUCGUGCGGAUACGCUUCCGGGCGGACAAUCCGGGAUUCUGGCUGAUACACUGCCACUUCGAGUGGCAUCUUGCCAACGGGAUGGGGCUGGUGCUGCAGGUUGGCGAGAUCGAGGGGAUGCUCAAACCACCGGCCGACUUUCCACGCUGCGGCAGCUACCAACCGCCGCUCGACGGCGCCACGCUCUGA